CCCUGAGUAGUGGAGAUUGGCAAUCCUGGUUGAUUGUAAACACAGGGAGACCCACCUAAGUCUUCUCAUUUAUUAUUUAGUGUUUCUCUCCUUCAUUUCUUAACAGUUUCACCUCAUUUUCUCAGUGAAAACUCUAGACACGUGAAUGGAUAGCCACGAAUAGAGUGGACAGAUCGAGUAUCACUUCCAUUGCAGGAAUUCGGGAGGCAAAAAAUACAUAAUUUGUGUAGGCCUAGGUUAAGCUGCACCAUGGCAUGUGGAGGCUGGGAAGGAGGUGUUGAUCCAGGCCAGCUCGAGGCACGCCUAAGAGCGGGAAUUGAAGCAGACAGACGCUAUGCAGCGGAAAAUUCUGCCAAAAUCCGUGCCAUCCACUCAGCUCCUACCUACGAUGAGUUUAGACAGCUUGUGUUGGGGACCCAUUUGAAGCCACUUGAUCGAAAUGACAAGAAUAAGGUUCGUCCGUCCAUUUGGAACUCCAUAGCAUCAUCGGCAACAAAGAAGUGUAGCAAAUUAACACCCCAUGAUACUGAAAAUUCUGUAUAUCCUACUGAUGUUCAGUAUGAUGUAAACAAUCCACCCAGUACAACUGAGGGCCUUGUCCAGCUGUGGGAGAGACUAGAUCUUGCGGAGAGACUGGAACUGCUGAGGAAUCUCACGGCACAGUCUACAGAGAGGUUGGCUGGGGGCUUGGUGGCUGGGGGUCUUUUAGGAGACGCAAUCACCACUCUGCUCGCAUUCACGCCAACCGUCAGCGAUGUCGUCAUGGUGGUCAAUAUGCUACAGGCUCUAACACUGGCUAAAAGGUUCACCCUGAGCGUAACCUUAGUAUGUGGAGAGGAGCGAUGGGCAUGGGGACGCCUGCUGGAGAAGCUGCAGCUAGCCAUCUCGGAAAGGCCACAAGAUCUUGCCGAAUUAAAUGUCACUGAGUGGACUCUGGCCCAGCUGAAGCUCAAGUUUAAUCUUUAGAGUAUUCACUCUGAAAUCAUACAGAUGUUCAUGUCUUAUUUGCAAUAUUUAUGUUCUGUACUUAAGAAAAUGUUGCUGGAGUAGUUGGUAAGAGGUUACUUUUUUAUGGAUUUUCAUCCCUUGAAAUGAAGAGCUUUUCUGAUUAACGUCAAUUCAUUUUGCUAGCAGUGAAAGGAUGAUCAUAUGUGGAAUGGUACAGUAUCUAUUUAUAACAGUUCAAUUAUGUGUGUAGUGUUUUGAAGGAUAAUGAUAUCUAGUGCAGUCGAAGUUCAAAAAUCUAUGUGUCACUUUGAUUUCAUAUUUCAAGUAUCCAACAACUUGUAACAUUUAGGUUGUAGUUUGUAAAUUUGCUCUUCAAAAAAUCACUUAUGCUUUUCUUGGCACACAUUUUGUCAGUUUGUGUUGAUUUGCCUUGUACAAAAAUUACUCAGACUCUUUAGCUUAAACAAGUGUAAAAUCUUAGGAAUACCUUCCAAGAUGAAAAAAGCUGUAUGCUUUAGAGGAGGCAUACUUUCCUGACUUUUAAGAAUAAAAAAAGGGGGGAGAUAAAAAAAUGCUGUAAACACUAGGCAGAGUUGCUAUGUGAAUCUUUGCUGAAUGAUGUGUUAUUAGAUGGCUAUGGAUUUACUAAAGGGAGGCUAUAUCUAUGAACACUUAGAUGCAAACACUGCAGUGACACAUUUAUGGUUAUUACAUUCUGACUCUCAGAUUUUUGAACUUUGAAUGUUGUAAGAAGAUCUUGGUUUUCUUAUUUUUAUAAACUUUAUGUUUGAUGAAUAACAUCAUUGGAAGAUUGUCUGAAUAGUGACUUUUUCUACAAGACUGAAUGUGUGAAUGUUAUUUGUAAGGGAAAUAAUUCAUUGCAUUUUCACAUUCUUAUACAAGAUGAGGCUAUAUUCAUAUGUGUUUUGUCCUGAUAUAUAUUUUGUUGCAUAUUUUGUUAUAAACUUUACCAACAAUCAGACCUUGGAUUUUCAUGCAGAGAAACUGACCUAAAUGUAUAAGUAGUUGUGAUAAUAAGCAGUGGAAAAGAAGUACAGAGGCUUCCUGUGAACUGAAUUAAUAGGGCAGUGGUUCUUUAUAUAUUUAUCAAAACAAUUUUUACUAUUCAGAUGACUACAUAACUAUAUAUACAUGCUUAAAAGUCAUGGAACUUUUGAUCAGUUUUGUAGCAGGUAUAAUGUGAAAAUGAGCACUGUUGAAAUCUGAAAAAAUUCAUGA